GACCGCCCAGUCCGGCUGCCCGCCCCCGCCACCGGGCGGCAGGGAGCUGAGUGGCGUUGUCCUCAGGGAUAGCAUCAUUCCAGCCCCGCCGGGCGUGAGGCUGGGUAAGCAUGCCCGGGUCGCAGGAGGAAAAGGAGGAGCUGGACCCAGGGCCCGAAGAGGAGAAAGUGGGGAGACCGCGCGACCAGAGAUAAAAGCCGGACGGAGGCAGCCGUCUGGAGGUCCGUAGGACAGGAGAGCCUGGCCGGAGCAAAGUCUCCCCGGGAGUCCGGGACAAACAGCGCGCACUUGAGCGUGGGAACAGCCUGGAGCGCACCAUACGCAGGUCCUCUGCCGCCCGGCGGGUAUAUACCGCCGCCUGGGUCACUUGGCCCGGGCAGGUCGCGUGCUGCCCGCGCGAGGAGACGCGCAGGGCCCCCAGGCAGCGGCGCGCCCAGGACCGCGGCAAAGUUCCCCCUCUGCACACAGUGCUGGCCCCCAAGCGCGGGAGCCGCCCACUCCCCCCCUCUCCCCCCCCUCCCGCUCUAGCCCAGCUCCGGGGCGCCCGCCCUCUAUAUAGUGCACCCCUGCAGGGCCCGCGCCAGGUCGCUAGUCGCACAGCGGACCCAGGAGAGCGCGACGCGCCUGGGAGCCAGCCCCCUGUCCUCAGUGCCACCGCUGUCCCGACGGGUGCCCGCCGCUGCCGCUCAGGACCUGCACCUACCAUGAAGAAGGAAGUGUGCUCCGUGGCCUUCGUCAAGGCCGUUUUCACCGAGUUCCUGGCCACCCUCAUCUUCGUCUUCUUCGGCCUGGGCUCGGCCCUCCAGUGGCCGUCGGCGCUGCCCACCAUUCUGCAGAUUUCUCUGGCCUUUGGCCUGGCCAUAGGCACCCUGGCCCAGGCCCUGGGGCCCGUGAGCGGUGGCCACAUCAACCCUGCCAUCACACUGGCCCUCUUAGUGGGCAACCAGAUCUCCCUGCUCCGGGCUGUCUUCUACGUGGUAGCCCAGCUGGUGGGUGCCAUUGCCGGAGCAGGCAUCCUCUAUGGGCUGGCACCAGCCAAUGCCCGGGGCAAUCUGGCUGUCAACACACUCAGCAACAACACGACGCAGGGCCAGGCUUUCGUGGUAGAGCUGAUUCUGACCUUCCAGCUGGCGCUCUGCAUCUUUUCCUCCACCGACUCCCGUCGCACCAGCCCUGUGGGCUCCCCAGCCUUGUCCAUUGGCCUCUCGGUCACACUAGGCCAUCUCGUGGGGAUCUACUUCACCGGCUGCUCCAUGAACCCAGCCCGCUCUUUCGGCCCCGCAGUGGUCAUGAAGCGGUUCAGCUCUGCGCACUGGGUGUUCUGGGUAGGGCCCAUCGUGGGGGCCACCCUGGCUGCCGUCCUCUACUUCUACCUGCUCUUCCCAAACUCCCUGAGCCUGAUUGAGCGUGUGGCCAUUGUCAAGGGCACAUAUGAGCCUGAGGAGGACUGGGAGGAGGCGCACGAGGAGCGAAAGAAGACCAUGGAGCUGACUGCCCGCUGACAAGCAUCAGGCGGGGGCUAGCCCCUUAGCCCCUGAACCACAGGGGAAAAAAAUGGGGAAAAUAAAAAAACAUGACAGUAAAGCUUCCUCUCCCCCACCCCCCACAGCUGGGUCCUCUGGACUGGGGAGGAGGUACUGGCUCCCCAGGCUGCACAGUUAGAAAUGGGAGCAGGAACCCAUUAUGGGACUCUUGGGGUGGGGGCCAGGGGCUGGGGUCUGAUGGGGAGGGGGUUCCUCUGGGACAGGGCAAGCUGCUUCCAUGAGGUCAGACCUCAGAGAUUGUGUACACAGCACCAAGCUCGCAGGCUGCCCCAGGGCCAGGUCAGGAAGGGGUGGCCUGCACUCUUUAUCCCCCACUCUCCUCAUACCCUCCUCAAGAGCCAAAGGGAUCUCAGCCCCUAGCACAGCAGAGGCUGACCCCUUCCAGAGAGCUCUUUAGGAGGGAGACAGAUUGGUUCAUUAAAUGCUGCCUUAUUUAUUUCUGCUUAAAGACGCAUGGGGUAGGGCUGCUGGUGUUUGGGGUGGGGGCUUCCCAAUAAACCAAUGACGUUCAUGUUAUGCCU